AAGCGCAGCCAGAGCCACCGGGAAGACAGAAUGAAUCGUCGGCCGAUCUAUAGAGAGUUGCUUCAACUUCAACAUUUUCAGGUUCUGAUGUUGGGUUCCUUGGCAGCUGAAAUGUCAAGUUCCUCAAACCGGAGAUCAGUUUGGUGACUUUUUAAGUUCGAGACCCACUGGAAGUGAAAGCUGCUCUUCGAAUUUCGAGAAUGUUGAACAAUGGAGUCCGUAACCUGCAUACUUGUUGUUUGCGAUUUCCCUACACGACGGAGAGGCCGCUCCUCCGAGCAGUUUCGUACCGGAGAACUCGCCGCCGGCGACUUUUGGCGACCUUAUGCUCUGCCGCAGCCACCGCGGGAAAGGAAAGGAAGGAGAAGGUGAUUGUGAUAUCUGGCCCGACUGGUGCUGGGAAGAGCAGGCUUGCUAUGGAGCUCGCUAAGCGUCUCAAUGGUGAAAUCAUCAGCGCCGACUCUGUCCAGGUAUAUAAGGGUCUUGAUAUUGGAUCCGCGAAGCCUUCUGCAAGGGAUAGAAAGGAGGUUCCACAUCAUCUGCUUGACAUACUACGUCCAUCUGAAGAAUAUUCUGUUGGCCAAUUUUUUGAGGAUGCAAGGCAAGCGACAAGAUGUAUCCUUGAUAAUGGCCGUGUUCCAAUAGUUUCUGGUGGGACAGGAUUGUAUUUAAGAUGGUUCAUCUAUGGCAAACCCAAUGUUCCAAAGGCCUCUCCAGACAUUGCUGCCGAAGUAUACUCUGAGUUAGCAGACUUGCAGAGAGAUGAAGACUGGGAUGCAGCUGUGCAAUUGGUUGUCAAUGCUGGUGACCCUAGGGCCCAGCAUUUAGCUACUAACGAUUGGUACCGAUUGCAGCGUAGCUAUGAGAUAAUCAAGGCCAGUGGUUCGCCUCCAUCUGCAUUUCAAGUUCCAUAUGACACUUUCAGACAAGAAUGUGGUUCUAGUGCAGCAAGCAGCUCUCACGUCACUGACUAUUCAGUUGACACUUCUGUUGAUUCUAGUGAGGAAAUUAACUUGAAAGAGUUGGACUAUGAGUUCAUUUGUUUCUUCCUCUCUAGCCCAAGGCUCAGUUUGUAUAGGUCAAUUGACUUCCGCUGUGAAGAUAUGAUUUCUGGAAAUGAUGGAAUUUUAUCUGAGGCAACAUGGCUUCUUAAUAGCGGCCUUCUUCCAAAUUCAAAUUCUGCCACUCGAGCAAUUGGUUAUAGACAAGCAAUGGAAUACCUAUUAAGGUGUAGGCAGCAAGGUGGAAGGAGUUCUCCAGGAGAGUUCUAUGCCUUUCUCUCUGAAUUUCAGAAAGCAUCCAGAAAUUUUGCAAAAAGGCAAUUGACAUGGUUUCGGAAUGAGCAUAUAUAUCACUGGCUUGAUGCUUCUAAACCCCUGGAAAGUGCACUCAACUUUAUUUACGAUGCUUACCACGAGGAGAGUGGAAAUAUCUCUGUUCCAGAUUCACUAAAAAUGAAAAAGGAUGUUUCCAGUCGCCGAGAAGUUUCUGAGCUCAAGGCUUAUCGCACGAAAAAUAGGUAUUUUGUUAGACGUGAAGAUUGUGUUGAUGUUUUGGAUUGGAUAGGGAGAACACAAAUGAUGAACCAAGAUUGUCCCGUUGCUUGAACAAGUGCGAUUUUGACCCCGUAAUAUGUGUACUUUCCAUAAUUUUUGAUCUCAGGACUUGUGCAUUAGUUAAGCAGUGUGAGUUCAUUUUAAAUCAAGUUUGCAGUUAUAGAACCCCAGAACGAUGAGUUCAUAAAAUGAUCAACCAGCCCUCAAAAAGUGGUCAGUGUGGCUUAUUUUUGGAGGUGAUCUUGUUUAUUUUAAGGUAUUUAGCUCUUGUAUUAGUGUAUUGCUUCAGAUCCUAACUAUUGAUUCAAAAUUCCAUAAUAAUGGUCUUUUGUUGGUAGUUUUUCUUUUUUAAUGUUCAUUCUUCUCCGAUUGCAUUGUU